CUGCAGCCUGGAGACAGAGGAGGAGAGGAGAGAGACAGAGAGAGGGAUGUUUAUCUGACAGUCGGCUGGGAGACAACCUUCACCCUGCUCCUUAUACGAUUGCUUCUUCUUUUCUUUUCUUUGUUUGUGGAGAAAAAAAAAAGAGAAGGAAAGUAAAACGUUUCGGCCACCUUCCCCCAGAACAGACAAACUCUCCCAGGAGCGCGUGUUGCGCCUGGAGCCCGGCGGGGCCACAGGACUUCCUCUGGCCGACGGGGAUGCAACACGGAGCGGGGGAGGUUUUCUGAUCUGACCCCCUGACUUUUCCGUUUUUGAGAAAUGAGUCAAACGACGACCGGCAGAGACGGCGGAGGGAAGUGAUUGGCGGGGGGAGAGGAUGACACCUACAGGAGCCGCGCUGCUCACAUCCCCUCUCUGAUCUCACUCUUCCCUCGCAGGGUUCAUCCAUCCACCCAGAGCUGUCAGACGUCUCAUCCCGGAGGAUCUCAUUCCAUCCCGAUCCGCCUCUCGGGUCACUCGAGCGAAGUUGAUCACGUCUUGAGAAAGUUUGCGGAACUUAGAGCCUAUUAUGGGAUGCGGGUGUCCCCCGACUUGUGAUCAAUUUUAAAACAGAUUGGCACCUUUUUCUCUCUCUAUUAUUAUUUUUUUUUCUCCCCCCCCCCCCCCCCCCCCCCCCCCCCCCCCCCCCGUUGUCUGAUACCAUUUGCCACCAGUGAGAGGUGAUGGCCAUCAACACGGACACCGACUUCCUGAAGUCCGGCCUGGGCGGGGCCGGAGGAGGCGCGCCGCCGCCGGACCCGCACGAGACGGAGCAGCUGCUGGCGGCCACCAGCGGCAUGAGGGCGUCCACCUCCUUCACGGUCGACGUGGGCAGCGACAAGGGCCCCGAGGCCGACCUGAACGGCCACGGCGUCGCCGUCCGGUCGGGCUCCGUCGGCCACCUGAGCGCCGCCGCCCCGCUGUCCCCGUCCAAGGUCAGCCUGAGCCGCUCGUCCGCCGCGCAGGAGAGCCCGCAGCCCAGGGACUACCUCAUCCCGGUCAUCUUCUCCUGCUUCUGCCCCGUGUGGCCCGUCAGCAUCGUGGCACUGGUGUACUCCAUCAUGUCCAGAAACAGUCUCCAGGCGGGUGAUGUGGACGGGGCCCGGAGGCUGGGACGCCUGGCUCGUCUGCUCAGCAUCGUCUCCUUCGUCCUGGGUGUGGUCAUCAUCGUAGUCUACCUCUCAGUUGGAGUGAGAUACUGACAUGGAGGACCUGAGGGGAAUGAAAAAAUAGAACCCGUGAAAACCAGACCAUGGAUGCAACAUGAAAAAAAAAAGUCAAUUUCCAAAAAAAUACUAUUCCUUACUUGACGCUAUAUUGUAAUUACAUCAUGACCACCCUCAGAAAACACAAGCAAUUCACGAGAGUAGGUAUUGCAGUAAGAAAACCAAUGAAUAAAAAAAAGGAAGAAGAAAUUCCAAGAUGCAUGCAUUAGAAUCCAGUAACAUGUGCUUGACGAAAAUAACCAAAAACCUGAUGUGAAAUUCUUCAGGUUAAAACCGAGGGGGUGAAAAACCAAAAUCGAUAUGUGGUUAGGAGAAGUGUUUCCUUUUGGAAUAAUGGACUUCUUAAGAUGUAGAAGAUGAUCUACAUCUGAGGAGAGACAGUGAAUGAUGGACUUUUUCUAUGUCUGGGGCUCCUUUGAGAAACAUGGACUUGGAGUUUGGACAGCUGGAGUUUGGACAGCUGCAUAUAAUCCUGAUAUAUUCCUUACUGAACCACUUGCAUUCAAAGCAUAUACAGCUACAAAUAUAUUUGAAAUAUGGAUAUAUGAACAUAUAUAUAUAUAUACAGAUGUAUGUUUUAUAAAAAUGUUCGUAUGCCAAGCGGUGCUGGUUUGUUAAGACUGUCACAUUGGCUGCUUUGCCAGCACUUGGAUUAUCAGUGGAAACUCAAGGGUUUGUUUAAAGGGGACCGGAAACACAUUCGUUUUUUUAAUUUAUUAUAAUUUUUUGAACUAAAAGAAAAAAAUUAGACCAACUGCAUGCCUGAAUGUAGAUAACCAAUCUCCUGCCUUUGUUCUUGACAGUUGUCUCUUUUAUUGUUAAGGGGUAUGAGAGGCUAACAGAUUUGCACAUGGAAGAGUGAUUUGUGUACAUUAUGGGUCCAGCCACUGUAGAAUGUGUGAGGAGAGCUCCUUACUAUGUCUCCAACAUUUCUUGAACCUUGCCUUGCUCUGGCGGAGACAGAGACGCAUGCCAAACCUCCCACCAUCCUUCAUUUCCUUCUCUUCCGCUCCCACCCUCUUAACUCUUCACCAUCAAUCCUGACUAAGUGGCUUUCGUCCUUCAGUUUAGUCUCUGUUCCUUCAUCUUCCUCUCCCCUCAAACUUACAUUGCACCUUUUACAACCCUCCGACACACAUUGCUCCCCAUUUUCCAUUUCUACAUGGUUGUACAUUGACUGUUAAACACCAAUGUUUCACUGAAUGUUAUUGUAUUGGUAUGGAACUUAUUUAUAUGGGAAAAUAUAUAUAUGCAAUAUAUACGCAUGCUACUGGCCAAACCGGCUCACACAUGUAUUUUUUUGUAAAAGAGCAGGCCUGUGAGUUUGACUGAGUAACACAAAAGCAUUUAAAGAACAUUUCUAUAAAAAUCCAAGCACGACAGAUCGCCUGUAUUCGUCACUUUAUCAGAGAGAAGUCACUGUGGACACACAGGACUGUUGUAUCGACUCAUUACAGGCUCAUGCUACAAGCCCAGGUAACGUCACUGUAACAUCACGUAGCAUCAGUUAAAGCCACAGAUUUACUAAGGGCAUUAUUUGUGUAUUUUCUCCUUUUUAAUUGUGCAAUCUAAUUCAGAAACCAUUUGUUCCUUUCCAAGUCCCUUUAAAGUGUGUCAAGUUCCAGUUGUUUCUUUGUUUAAGGGCUUGUACAAGAGCAACAAGAGAAUCACCAGCUAAUUAUGGCCCAUGGAGGAAAUGGCAUUUGUCAGACUAUGCAGCUCAAGUGAUCCUAAACUCAACAUUAUCAAUGUAAGGCUGAACAACUGCAAAAGGUCACAUAGUAACACCACAACGUACGAUGUUUUGUGCAAAAUGGGUUCAUAUCAAUUCCAUUCCAAUUCAUUGUUGUACAUUCAAAUUACAUUCUUUAUCCAAACAUCUGAAAGCAGCAAAAUCCAAAGAUCCCUCGUGUUUACGACCAAACUCUUGAAAGAGAGAUAAAAAAUGGCAACCUGUCAUUUCUGUAGACCAAGUGCGUCCAUCUGUGAAACUGGUGGUCAGGAGUCAACUGUCUUUCCUAUAAGCAUUGCUCUUGUCUGUAAAACAAUUCAAAACGUUAUUUCAUUUCCAUGAAUUGUGAUUCUUUUGCAGUAUAUGGUCUGUGCCAGUUUUCAUCUCUGUAGUGUACAUUUUGCAUGUCUGGAAUAAACGUUACCAUGCAUGGUCCAA